AGAUUGACCGCUUGAGCGUACUCCUGAGAAGCCCAUUGCAGCUACAGACUGUUGCUCAGCGUGGGCCCCAACUGGGAAAAACCCAACAUGAAUGCUUCACUUCUCUCCUCAGCAGGAAACAAUUCUGUUCAGAAUGUCUCAAAGGCGACUUCUGGACUUGUCCACUUUCAGGAUGACGACUGCCACGUGCCUUUGGCAAUGGUAUUUACCUUGGCCCUAGCUUAUGGGACAGUUAUCCUCCUUGGCAUUUCUGGAAACCUGGCCUUGAUUAUCAUCAUCUUAAAGCAAAAGGAGAUGCGCAACGUGACCAACAUCCUCAUCGUCAAUCUUUCAUUUUCAGACCUCCUCAUCACCAUCAUGUGUCUUCCCUUCACAUUUGUCUACACCUUAAUGGACCAUUGGAUCUUUGGGGAAGCCAUGUGCAAGCUGAAUCCUUUUGUGCAGUGUGUCUCCAUCACAGUUUCAGUUUUCUCUUUGGUUCUCAUUGCUAUUGAACGCCAUCAGUUGAUUAUCAACCCCCGGGGAUGGAGGCCAAAUAACAGACAUGCCUACAUAGGGAUUGCUGUGAUGUGGAUUCUAGCAGUGGCUUCAUCUUUGCCUUUCCUCCUUUAUCAUGUACUGACUGAUGAGCCAUUCACAAAUCUAACAAUAGAGGAAUAUAAGGGGAAGUACGUGUGCCUGGAUUCAUUUCCAGUGGAGUCGCUCAGGCUUUCCUAUACUACAGUUCUCUUGGUGAUACAAUAUUUGGGGCCCCUUUGUUUUAUAUUUAUUUGCUACUUAAAGAUAUACAUACGCUUAAAAAGAAGGAGCAACAUGAUGGACAAGAUGAGAGACAAUAAAUACCGAUCUACUGAAACAAAAAGAAUCAACAUCAUGCUCAUCUCUAUUGUGGUUGCAUUCGCGGUGUGCUGGCUCCCUCUCACCAUCUUUAAUACAGUCUUUGACUGGAACCAUGAAAUUCUGCCUGCAGCUUGCAGUCAUAACUUGCUGUUCUUGAUCUGCCACCUCACUGCUAUGAUUUCGACCUGUGUGAACCCCAUCUUUUAUGGGUUUCUCAACAAGAACUUCCAGAGGGACUUGCAGGUGGUCUUUCGCUUCUGUGAUUUCCGUACCAGGGAUGAUGACUAUGAGACAAUAGCCAUGUCUACCAUGCACACAGACAUUUCAAAGACGUCUUUGAAGCAAGCCAGUCCAAUUACACACAAAAAAAUUAGUGACAGUGAUGAUGAAAGGAUCUAACUCCCC